AUGUGGUGUUGGAAGAUUUUGGCGGUUGCUGCCAUUGGCACAGUACAUGCAGCUUCCCGAGACGAAUGGGUUGGUCGGUCAGUCUACCAAGUGGUCACGGAUCGCUUUGCUCGAUCCGAUAACUCUACCACCGCUCCGUGCGUUGCUGCACUGGGAGAGUACUGUGGGGGCAGCUUCCAAGGCAUCAUAAAUCAGCUGGAUUAUAUUCAGGACCUCGGGUUCGAUGCAGUUUGGAUCUCUCCGGUGCAAAGCCAGGAGUCAACUCGCACAGCAGAUCUCUCAGCAUAUCAUGGCUAUUGGCCAAACGACCUGUAUUCCAUCAACUCGCAUUUUGGCAGUUCCGAUGACCUUGAGGCGUUAUCCGCCGCGUUACACGCGCGUGACAUGUACUUGAUGCUAGACAUUGUUGUGGGGGACAUGGCUUGGGCUGGAAAACCUUCUACCGUCGACUACAGCACAUUCAAUCCAUUCAAUGAUCAGAAGUAUUUUCACGAAUUUGAGCUACUUUCUGAUGACCCCACAAAUGAGACCUGUGUUCUGGAUUGCUGGAUGGGAGAUACCACGGUGUCGCUUCCAGAUCUGCGAAACGAGGAUGAGGAAGUCCAGCAGAUGUUGGGCACCUGGGUUUCGGAGUUGGUUUCUAACUACUCAAUUGAUGGCUUGCGAGUUGACAGUGUCUUGAACAUUGCCCCUGCCUUCUUCCACAACUUCACCACGUCAGCAGGGAUUUUCACCAUCGGUGAAGGAGCCACAAAAGAUGCAUCCGGCUACUGCUCUCUGCAGCCCAACCUGCCUGGACUUCUAGAUUAUCCGCUGUAUUACAUACUCACAGAUGCCUUCAACACGACCGGUGGGGACUUGAACACCAUCGUGCAGUCUAUCGAUUAUAUCCGAACACAUUGUAAGGACGUACUCGGCUUGGGCACUUUCACAUCGAACCAGGAUGUCCCUCGCUUUGGCUCGUAUACUUCAGACAUAUCGCUGGCUCGUAACAUUCUCACAACCAGCAUGCUGGCUGACGGUAUUCCAAUCCUCUACUAUGGGGAAGAGCAGCAUCUGUCGGGUGGAUUCAACCCUGUCAAUAGGGAAGCCCUGUGGUUGACCAAAUACUCUAUGAGCUCGAGUUCCCUACCUCCGCUGGUCCAAUCGCUGAAUCGCAUUCGAUCAUACGCGAGUGGGGAUGGAGAAAAAUCCACGGUCGCUCCGAAGUCAGGAAGCGACUAUCUGUCAUACCUCUCAUUACCAAUCUACAAGUCAACAAACAUCCUGGCUAUGCGAAAGGGAUUUACCGGUAACCAGGUGGUGAGCGUCGUAUCUAACCUUGGAGCUAAGCCAGCCACCAACGCCACCACCAAAAUCACACUUGGCUCCGACGGCACCGGAUUUUCGUCGGGACAGAAUGUGACCGAACUACUUUCUUGCACAACGUUCUUGGCCGAUUCAAGCGGGAAUGUGCAUGUUGACCUCAGCUCAGAUGGAGGGCCUCGGGUGUAUUAUCCUACUGAAAGCUUGAACCGAAGCACUAAUAUUUGUGGAAAUCAUGCCCAAACAACGACAACUUCGGCAACAAGUCCCAAAACUUCCACCAGCGCUGGGACUUUAUCAUUUGAUUUUUCGUGGGAGAUGAAAACAUUGAUAGCCACGGCUGCUUUGACUACUUCCUACAUUGCUAUCUAA